UUUGUAUCUAGCUCAAAAGUCAACAGAGUCGACAGUAACUACUGAAGUUUAAAUGGAUCAGCGUUUGUUACGACGUCGCCGAGCAAGGAAAAGACAUAAAAAGGGCUUCAGCAAAUUGCUGCAGGAUUUCCGGCUUAAUUCCCAUUACACGGCUAGUUAUAGACGGCUGGCAUACGAUCAGCUGAAGUUUGUAAUUUUACCGCUGUUAGCCUUCUUCAAGUAUUCGACCAGAGUAUUCAAGCGUUGCACGAAUUCAGAUCGGCAUGAAUUUCGAUGCUUCGUGUUCGCUAUUGUUGUGGGUCUUUUUAUAAUAGGAUUUCUGGGCUUUAUUAUAAAGCUGCUGCACAUACCCAUCACUAAUAUUAUUAUGGGCUAACCUGGGGGUCAAAUAGGCAACAACACGCAGACAAAAAUAAAGUUUCAAUUCAAUUGGCAGCAAACAAAGACGUCGCAUUCUGGCUCUUGGCCAACCAGGCGAGCUACAAAUACUCGCCAAAACCUUGGCCAACUCGCAUGCCAACGGCAAAGCUGUGCAAUAACAAAGCCAGGCUACAAGCUGCAGCUGCCAUUGUUGACCUACCACGACACUGACACCGACCCCAACCCCUAUCCCAUUUCCUAUCCCGAUCUCGAUCCCGUUUCCAGCCGCUUAACAAAGCUCUGGCCCAUUGCAAGUGUUGACAAGAAAAUUUCGACGCACACUUGGCGAAAAACAGUUGCCGUUGCCAAACCAACAACUGUCGGAUGUGUGUAAAUGUAAUCAAAUCAGCAACUCGGCCAACUCCACACAGCACUUCCACUUGAAGUAACCAGCAUUGCCAACUGGCAUUAAGAGUAACUGAAUUGCCAACGGAAUUGAGCUAAGCGAAAGGUGAAAAGGUGCAUAGACUAGAUGAAACUUCUUAUAUGUAUUCCUUUGAAUAUUAACUAGAAUAGAAUACAAUAAAAUGAAACAGUAUCUAACCUUUUAGAUAUUA